GUUGAAAAUGCGCGAUGCAAUCUAAAUCCACGAUCACCAUCAACCACGAGAACGACGCCGAUGAAUCGAUGGAAGAGUCUGUCUUCGAGCAGAUAUGCGACACGAUAUUCGUUCUGAUACCCGAAGAUACGUAUUUAUGAUGGGAUUCUAUGAUAGUGCCGCGACUGAAGCAGCUGUUUCUAAGUUGGAGUCAGCUAGGCACCGAAGACAGAGUACAAUUGGACGCCAAAGUGGCCAACUGGUGUUGUCCUAACAGAAGACAGCUUUAUAAACCUUUGCAAGAGGCUUUGGUUCGCUGGGAGACUGUGCAGGACACUCAAGGUGCUCCCGGUUGCGAGCCAGGUAUGGUCUCCUUUUCCUGCGAUCCUCAGUUGGAGGAGGAAUUGGUCAGCGUCAUUUAUAGCCUAGAACUGUUAUUCACGAAAAAUCGAAAAGGUAGAGAGAUCGACAUGGACUACGAGGUCGGUCGUUGCACAGAGCUCAGGAGAGAGAUGUCUUUGAACCUGAACUACGACGGGACUCUGCGCUCGAUUUUGAGCCCGAAAGAUAAAACACCUCAUUCCGUGCACAGUUGCAGUUACAUCGCCGAUUUCAAACGAUCUGACGAGGAUCUAAGCGGUUACCUGACCAAUUAAGAAUCGAUGACGAUUGAACAUUUUUUUUUAUCCCAAUUUUCGACUUUGCUAAUGAAUUUUUUUUGGAAAAAUUCUGCAAAUAUAAAACGAUAGAUUGUUUCCCCCUCUAUUGGAAAUUUUGUUCAGUUUAUCCUGGAUGAAUUUUCUUUACGACAAUAGAAACGAAGUGACAGUCGAUAGUUGUUAGGGAAUUAGGAAGAGUAUAAUUAGAGUAAUCUUGAGAGAAAAAUAGAAAUAUUAUUUUGUAAAGAGAUACGUACUCUUACGAUGAAAUUCUAAGAAAUAAUCGGAAUAGUUAGUAAGAGAUAAUUUUUUUUUUUUCUUUUUCUAAAAAUAGGUACCUUCUUUUUUUAUCACCCAAAUAUACCUGUUUGCGUCCUAUCAUUGGUAUAUGAAAUACUGUCUGAUCCAUUUAAGAAAAAAAAUUAUAACAUGUUGUUUGCAUUUUUUUCUUUUCAGAAAACUUAUAUUAUUGUAAUAAAUAAACGAAAUAAGAAUUAAAAAAUAUAUAAGACAGAGAAGAUUGUGAUUGCACAAAAAUUAGUGACAUAAAAUAUUUUAUUAAUCAUCAGUUAUAGAGUCAAGGUGUACGAGCAUACAUUCAAAUAAUACAAGUCAAUCAUUUUACAACGAAAGUUUCAAACAAAUACGCAACAAAAGGUGUCCGGAUCAUAAAUGUAUCAACUCGAUUCGCCGCAUCAUUUAAUCAUCAUUUACCUCGUAUUUAUCCUCCUUUAUAUUCUUUGUUUUAUUUCUUUUUUUUUUUUUUUUUUUUUUUNUUUUUUUUUUCAUUUUCUUUUUUUUUUUUUUUCUUCUCUAAUAUAAUUAUUACACAGCAAUAAUAGGUUCAGGAUGAUGAACACUGCUCCUUACGAGAGAAAGGUAGACGUUAUACAAUACGUGUACAUGAAUUAACCGCGCUUCACGAGAGCAAGGAACACCCCUCAAGACGUGUGCAGAGACAUCCAUACUUAGAAAGAUUGCCCGCAGAAACAUUUAUCCGUAUAUAAAAUAUAUUAUGAACACGCAUAAAAAUCUGUCUAAAGUGUUGUUAUACAUACAUAUAUACGAUCGGUCAAGUUUGUAGAAUUGUGAUCUCUUUAGUCACCAAUAAAAAUUCAUUUUCACCCUAUGUCUUAUGAGCGUAAUAUACAACACGUUUCACGGGGAAAAAAGGAUCCACAAAAAUUUUUAUACACGGACACGUCUGUAAACAAUGUCUCUAAGCCAGUACACGCCUUCGCAAUCUCUCAUUUCUUCGAACUCUAUAAAGUGUGUUCGGACUACUUAUGCAGCUUUGCAACAAGCAAUCCGACGGGAACGUAGCUCUUUUUUUUUCUUUCUUUCUUUCUUUUUUUUUUUUUUUUUUUAUUCUUUUAAUCAUUUACAACACUCGUUUUUUUCUUUUAUAUAUACUUUUUUUUUUUUUUUAUUAUUAUUUACAGAAUCGCUAUUAUUUAAAACCGGACUGAUUCUCAACGAGUUGCUUCCUUUGCGGUCCUCGCGAUCAAUUUCGUUUUCCUCGAAAUGCCAAAAAGUUGGUUGGAACGAAGAUCUUGGAAAGAUGGAACCUAGGUUAUUCCAGAUCACGUUGGGAUGCGUUAAGUACUAUCGAGAGUUGGCUAACAGGACGAGAAUCUCGGAGGGAAGGAUCGAGAAUAACCGAAAUUCCUUCCAAAUUUUUUUUUUCUCUUUUUUUUUCUUUUUCUUGUUUUUUUCCUUUUUUUAACUUUUUUCUUCUUCUUCUUCCUCUUCUUCUUUUUUUUUUCUUUUUCUUUUUUUAAUAGAAAAAUUCCCCGAAUUUAGGACCACAGAGGAGAAAAGUUUCCUUGCUUGAAACACGAUUUAGCUAUUCUCCUUGCGGAGGAGAGGGUCGUCCGAAGUCGAAUUCAGUUUGAAUCACAGCUGUCUGUCAACUAUCAUCCAAUAGUUUGAUUGGACGAGUUCUAUUGCUACUAGUUUUGUUGGACGAUAUCCAGCUUCAGGGACCCAGGUGGAGCAGCUCUCAAAGAAACUAUUCCAGGCAGUGGAUAUCCUGGCCUAGAUUGGCUAGCAACGAUUUCUGAAUUUAUCCCUUCAUCCAAAACGAAUUGCUGGCGGUGGUUGAACGCGGUGUCGCCUGUUUCUUCAUAGAAGAAAUCAUCUGAGGGGGUUGGGGGUUAAUUAAUUAUCACGAUAGGGAACGGUAUUGCACAAUUUCGCGCCAAUACCUGACGAACACGCUUGCUGUACGUCCACAAAGACGCGGAUCUGAAUUUAUAUAUAGUGUCCAAUUCGGGCGACACCAAUCCCUUCUCGAGCUGCUCCACCUAUCCGGCCUUAAGGACACUUGUACGUGAACUCUGGUUCAAUCUCGUCAACGUGAUAUAGCCGACCAUCGAAGAUGCAGACUGUUUAUUCUGUCUCUGUUUAAAUCUGCUUCCAUGUUAAAAACGCAAAUUGAAUAUUCUUUGUUCCUUUUUUUUUUUCUUUUUUCUUUUUUUUUUUUUUUUUUCUUUUUUCUAGGUCAACAGUCUACCCUGAGCAGUCUGAGGAGUUCGAAAACUGUCGAUUUAAAAAUUUCUUUCUAUAUUAUCAGUCAUCCAGGUACAAGUAUCUUCAACAAUUUGAGGCUCGAGUGGACGA